GUAGCAGAAAAAAUAAGUAUCACUGGCAAUAUAAGAAGCACUUACCCUAUUUUGGUUGUUGUUUUUGAGCAGCGUUGUGAUAAUUUUUAAAUUAGGCUUUUUGUGAAUUUACUUCACAAUUAUGGCAACUGCCAAAUGUUGCAUUAAAAAGUGCCGAAACAUUGAAGGUGAAUCCGGAUUAAAAUUUUAUUCAAUUCCUCAUAUUCGCAAGACCAACUACGUUCAAUUAUCGGUAGCACGGAACAAGCUAUGGAAAAAUGUUUGCGAAUUCAUAAACCUCAACCUACCAAAUCGUGUCUGCAAUAAACAUUUUUACUGUGAGGAACCAGCCGAUCUGCUUGAUAAGGAUCAUCCAGAUUGGGUGCCCUGGUUGAAUCUUGAUCCGGAUAAUCCGGACGACGACGACUUCGUUCAGAAAAAAAUGCGUGCUUAUUUCAACAUGGAAAAACCGCAAUCAGCUUCAGUUUGCUGUAUCCGGAAGUGUCCAAACGCUAAAAGCAACGCUGAGCAAGGAACAUUUUUUGAAUUUCCCACAUUGCAGCUAGAGGCUUAUUUAGAAAGAGUGUUAUCAGAGAAACGGCUACUCAUCUGGCUGCAAAUUAUCAACCAACCAGACAUGUUCGAAAAUCGAAAAUAUGAGGCGUUGAAGAUAUGCAACCUUCAUUUCGUGUCUGGUAUCAUGGCCGAUCUCAUUGAUGUCCAGAACAUCGAUUGGAUUCCAACGGUUGGUUUGAGGCAAGAAUUAAAAAUCAGAAAUCAUGUUGUUACUUAUGAAUUGCAAAAUUUGAUAACUUUGAUUGAGGAUACGAAACGUGAAUUAAAAUACAGCAAAUCUAUGUCACAAUCAUCCACAAGCAAGUUACCUCAAACAACCCCUACGAAACUUCCUUUAGCAGUAGAAUUCGAAAAAUUUGAUGCUGGCGUUAAAUGCAUAUUAUGUUUGUCAAUCGUAGCGCUAAAAUCUCUCAACAAAAAAACACGAGAGGCACUCGAUGUAUUUUUCAAAGAUAAAUUGCGAGUUACGAGUGAACUGAUUUGCUUCAGAUGUGAUAAGAUGCUCGUCGAUUUCCAUGCUUUUUACUUAUCCAUGGUGAAUUUACAAGCCAGAGCAAUUCCAGAGUACACGUUACCUGUUAAAUUGACCUCAACGAUUGAUUCUUCAGUGCACAAACACCCCGCUAUCGAGUCCGCAAUCGGGGUUCCAAUGGUUCCUCGAUUGGUUCAAGAAAGCUCCACUCCAGAAAAGAAACGACGAAAACUUUUUGAACCCUUUACGGCAAACGAAUUCAAAUGUAAGCUCUGUUCUUCUAGUUUAAUCGGCAAAAAAGGAUUGAACGAUCAUCUCUUUUUUGCCCAUAAAGUCAAAAUUAUCUGCAAAAGAUGUAAAAAUAGAUUUUCACCUGAUGGCUACGCGGCACACAAGGACAAAUGUAUGCAAUCAUUACAAGGAUUAAAACAUAGACUAAUCAAACCGAAGCCAAUCGUCAAUUCAACGAUAUCUCCUGCAGCUUCGAUCGUUUCAAAGAUCCCUCUCGUACCUCCUAAGAUAAAUAAAAUUUCAACAGUUGUGGAUCUUACAAGAGAUUCAACCUCGUCGAAAGCUUGCAUCCUAUCGAAGCCCAUAGAAGUAUUGAACAGAAAAACUACCACGGUGGUAAAUUCAACUGAUAAAAUGGAUGAAAAAUACUCUUGCUACAUUUGCUUGGAAUAUUUUUUGCCGAGCGAAAUGAUGGAACAUGUCAAAACACAUAAGCCGAGGACUGAAAAUUCCAACGAAUCGUUAGACAAUUUGAAGACUAUGGUUCCACCAGAAAUACUCGACGGUAAUCAUACCGCAUGCAAAAUCUGUCAAUUAGCGAUUCACAAAGACGAAAUGGAGAAACAUCUUAAGGAGCACGAAAAAACUAGCAAAGAAUUGGCUGCGAGGCGUGCCCAAGAAGAAAUCAACUACACUUGUGAAGCCUGUAAAUCUGUGUUCAAAUCUAUGUACAGUCUUGAGAAGCAUCACCAAAAACAUCAUGAGUCAAUCAAGGUGACCCGAACAGACAAAAUAGAGUGUCCAGAAUGCAAAAGUGUAGUCGCUUCAGCAAGUUUCAGACAGCAUUGGCUAAUUAAACACGAUACUGAAAUGAUUCCUUGCGAGAAAUGUGGUAAAGUCAUGACCAGAGCAUCCCUCAAAAGACAUAGUGCCCACACGUGCGGUGACGCUCCAAUAGUUUGUUGCUCAAUAUGCGGAAAUAGUAUGAAAGAUUACUUGCUGAAGGGUCAUAUGGCAAAACGACAUUCGGAAACCACACGGGUCCAAUGUCGCUUCUGUUCAAAGGCAUAUGACAGUAAGCAUGCUGCAGGCAAACACGAACGAUGGUCGCAUCGAGAAGAGUGGGAAAAAGCAAGACUGGAAGGUGUUCGCAUCCUGGAUGGCAGCAAACUCAUUGUCGAUAUGGUGGACACAAAAGCCGGUGGCACAGCUUGGAAAGCGAAAGAAGGUGAACAUAUAAGCUGUCCAAUUUGUGUCAAUGUUUACGGUAUGAAAACCUAUAUAACUUACCAUAUGCGAACGGCACAUCCCGAUGAGUUUAUCGCAAUGACAUUGAGUGGAGUAGAUGUAGAAUCAGCGACUAAUCUUAUACCCGAGGAAAACGCCAGUGAUUCGGGGGAAGAGAUAUAGGUAGACUUUAAACUACAAACAAAAGGAUGCAACAAAUUAUUUAAGGUAAUUCAAUUGGUUUUAUUUGAGUUUAUCACAUUUUCUUGACGGCAUUUUUUUAAAUUAAAUUACAAAGUUUCCUCAAUCAAGUAGGGUCAAGUGGGGUCA